AGGCGGUCCGAGGUGGUUGGGGUUGGGUGGGAGGAGAUCCGCUCGCACACACGAGGAGGGUUGAGCUGGUGCCGCCGUUGUCGUCGCGAGUGCGGAGUUGGGACUGGAGCCUUCGCCGCGACGACCCCGGGGAUUGUGUCGCUAGCCCCCGGUCCCCCUGCCUCGCCGCUUCGUCGGGUCAGCGCGGCCUGCUCCUGCCCGGCCCGUCGCCCCCGCCUCCAUUUCCCGCCCUCUCUUCACCACACACACGGCCCCCCCGAUCAUGGAUCCGGGCAGUGGCGGCGGCGGCGGCGGCGGCGGCGGCGGCGGGAGCAGCAGCAGCAGCGACUCGGCGCCCGACUGCUGGGACCAAGCGGACAUGGAAGCCCCCGGGCCGGGCCCUUGCGGUGGCGCCGGCGGCCCGGCGGCGGCGGCGACCGAGGCCCAGCGUGAGCACCUCAGCGCGGCCUUCAGCCGGCAACUCAACGUCAACGCCAAGCCCUUCGUGCCCAACGUCCACGCUGCCGAGUUCGUGCCGUCCUUCCUGCGGGGCCCGGCCCAGCAGCCGCCGCCCCCAGCUGGCGCCGCCGCCCCCAACCACGGAGCCGGCAGCGGCGCUGGAGGUCCUCCGGGUAAAGGGCCGGGACGCGGGGCAGCACCCGCGGAACCUUUUCAAGAGGAACAGUCGUUGCUAUGUGAAGGUUCAAAUUCAGCUGUUAGCAUGGAACUUUCAGAACCUGUUGUAGAAAAUGGGGAGACAGAGAUGUCCCCAGAAGAAUCAUGGGAGCACAAAGAAGAAAUCAGCGAAGCGGAGCCGGGGGAUGGUUCCUUGGGAGAUGGAAGACCCCCAGAGGAGACCACCCAAGAAAUGAUGGAGGAAGAGGAGGAAAUACCCAAACCUAAAUCUGUGGUUGCGCCCCCAGGGGCUCCCAAAAAAGAGCAUGUGAACGUCGUGUUCAUUGGGCACGUAGAUGCUGGCAAGUCCACCAUUGGAGGACAGAUAAUGUAUUUGACUGGAAUGGUUGACAAGAGGACACUUGAGAAAUAUGAAAGAGAAGCUAAAGAAAAGAACAGAGAAACCUGGUACUUGUCUUGGGCCUUAGACACAAAUCAGGAAGAACGAGACAAGGGUAAAACAGUCGAAGUGGGCCGUGCCUAUUUUGAAACGGAAAAGAAGCAUUUCACGAUUCUGGACGCCCCUGGCCACAAGAGUUUUGUCCCAAAUAUGAUUGGUGGUGCUUCUCAAGCUGAUUUGGCUGUUCUGGUCAUCUCUGCUAGGAAAGGAGAGUUUGAAACUGGAUUUGAAAAAGGCGGACAGACGAGAGAACACGCGAUGUUGGCAAAGACGGCGGGUGUGAAACACUUGAUCGUGCUUAUUAACAAGAUGGAUGACCCCACGGUGAACUGGAGCAGCGAGAGGUAUGAAGAAUGUAAAGAGAAGCUAGUGCCAUUUUUGAAAAAAGUUGGCUUCAAUCCCAAAAAGGACAUUCACUUCAUGCCCUGCUCAGGACUCACUGGAGCAAAUCUUAAAGAGCAAUCAGAUUUCUGCCCUUGGUACAUUGGUUUGCCAUUUAUUCCGUAUCUGGAUAAUUUGCCAAACUUCAAUAGAUCAGUUGAUGGACCAAUCAGGCUGCCAAUUGUGGAUAAGUACAAGGACAUGGGCACCGUGGUCCUGGGAAAGCUGGAAUCAGGGUCUAUCUGUAAAGGCCAGCAGCUUGUGAUGAUGCCGAACAAGCACAACGUGGAAGUUCUUGGAAUCCUUUCCGAUGACGUAGAAACUGACUCUGUAGCCCCAGGUGAAAACCUCAAAAUCCGACUGAAAGGCAUUGAAGAGGAGGAGAUUCUUCCGGGAUUCAUACUUUGUGAUCCUAAUAAUCUUUGUCAUUCUGGACGCACGUUUGAUGCCCAGAUAGUGAUCAUAGAGCACAAGUCCAUCAUCUGCCCGGGCUAUAACGCGGUGCUGCACAUUCACACCUGUAUCGAGGAAGUCGAAAUCACAGCCUUAAUUUGCUUGGUAGACAAAAAAUCAGGAGAAAAAAGUAAGACCCGACCCCGUUUUGUGAAACAAGAUCAAGUUUGCAUUGCUCGCUUGAGGACAGCGGGAACCAUCUGCCUGGAGACCUUCAAAGACUUCCCUCAGAUGGGGCGCUUCACCUUACGAGAUGAGGGUAAAACCAUUGCAAUUGGAAAAGUUCUGAAACUGGUUCCAGAGAAAGACUAAGCAUUUUCUUGAUGACCCUGCACAAGUACUGUGAGGAAAAUUGACUGCAAAAGCCUACUUCACACCGCCUUCUCUUAUUUUCUGCCCAUUGACAAACUUCUCCCCAUAUUUUGCAAAGACGAAAUUCACAGCAAAGUCCACAUAAUGUCAGCUUUCUCAUAUUGAGAGCUCUGCUAUGCCACUGUUGAAUUUUCCCCCAGACUUUUUUCCUUCCCCUCCCAAACUCUGCUUCCUUGGACAGACUUGGCAAUAGCUUUGUAAGUGAUGUGGACAUAAUUGCCUACAAUAAUGACAACUUACAGAAAUUUUUUUAUUUUUCAUCUCCCCCUUAGAUCUACUUAGGCUUUUUUCCCCAGGCAGAUCAUUCUGAGUGUGCGAGUGUGUGUGCACAUGUUACAGAGACAACUACCAUGUUAAUAAAAUAUUCAAUUUGAAAUCCUUUUCGGUAUUUGAAUUGCUUUUGAAUAAUGUUUUAUAUCUGGAUGUAACAUUGUUGCAUUAGCUUUUUAACUUACCAAGUAAUUGAGUACCUUUUAUUACUUGGACUUUUCUAAACGCCUUCCCUUAUCCACUACUCUAAACGAGGCAUUUACAGACAACAAUGUUCAUGUUUGUAUCAAAGGAAAGAACUCGCCGGACCACUCCUUUUGAUGGUUCAUGCAGACCUACAGUGAAAUACCUUUAUGCAGCCGUGACCCGGCUUUUGUAGGUCUGUCCGUUUCGUUCCACCCGUUGGUAUUUUAACACGAUUUCUUUAGACACAGUAUGUUGUUUUAAAGUAAAAGAACAGCAUACUGUCGUUUUUAUACGGAAAGCAUACUGAAAUUGUACCCCUACGGAAAAUUCCAUUCACUCGUUAAAUUAGUGGAAUUUGCAAUAAAGACCGCAUGUUGAGACCUGGCGAAAAUGCCUCCUUUAGUAUUUAUAAGAGCUGCAUGCGUCCAGUAUGAAAACCUGUAUCAAUUGCAAGUGCCAGUACUACAAAUUACUCCGUUCACGAUUUGUAUCAGUACUUUAAAGGCUGGAUGCUCCUUGCUGAUUAAAGAGGUGUGUCUCAUCCAGCAACUAAACGAACACAUACUUAGAACCAUCCGAAUCUGCACAGACAGAAGUUAACAGUAAUAAGUGGAAUCAAGCACAGUAUCGACGUUUUUCUGUUAUUUGAAAUGGACUGUUUUCUUAAAUACAAAGCUGAAAUUUGCUAAGCUGUUAUUUGGAAGCAUCACAAUGGAGCAUUGUGGUGGUUUUUAGAUUGAGGGCUGACUUUCUACUACAGCCAUCAUGACUUUGACAUUUUUAAUGAGAGUAAGUGGGAAAUGGAAGAGCCACUUUCUGCUUUACUGGUAAGCCCCCCUUGAUUUUGAGUGUUGCCAUUUAUCAAAGACCUGACCUCUUUUAGAUUGUGGUUUACCUCUAAAUAAGAUACUUUGUAAUUGCGUAUUUAACGAUACAUCCCUUCCCUGAAAUCUUCCUCAGAAAAGAAAAGCCUAGUCAGACUAUAUUUCCAGUCACAAAAUAUAAAACUUAAUCUAAUCCUGUUCUCUUAACUCUAGAAUUACCAUUCAUUUCAUGAACGAGGCUGUAUCUUAGGGACGGAGCCAAGUUCUUCCCUAUGGCUCCCUAGAACUAUAUACUCGUGGCUAUUAAAUUGCAUGAAGUUUAGCUAAAUUUUACUAUGUCUGCAAAUCUCUGGGCUUUUAUUUUUCGGGGAAAUCGGGGAGGUUUAAUCCGUACAUAAUGACCGUUUUUGUACUUCCAAGGUAAUAGGAACAAAAUAGCAGUCGCUUGGAUUUUAAUGAAUCUUUAAAAGCUCAAGAGUUGUUAAAAUUCUUUCCAAAGAUAGAUUCUCAUUUUUAAACCGAACAUAUUUUUAAAAACCAGUCCUGUUUGCUAUUACAUUACACUUUUAGAAGAUUAGGUGCAUGUUGCCAAGACUCUUCCGCUAAACGACACGGACACCAACUGUGAAGGGCCUCCUCUCAAAAAGAACAGACCAUGAAUAUAAAUAUAAUGGCGAAAGAUGUCAUCGGACUCUUUAGACAUUUGUGCGAGUCAUCAGAUGAUUUAAAACAAACCUCGCUGUUUAGUUUAACCAACCCCUUAACGUUCUGUGGGCUUUGACCUUUUUUGGGAAGUGUGCUCGCAUCAAAGAAAGCCGGUACAUUUUAAAUCCCCUGGCUGGUGACCCGGAUGAGGAAGUUCAGUGUGUGAAGUGAGCAGGCGGUGGGGGUGUUGGGCCCUUGAGAAGCAGUUGAGAUUCCUGUGCUGCCCUGUUCUCUGCAAGCACACAUGUGCUGCCGUGGGUGACAGUGCAGACGGGUGCUAACUGCAGAUCAGGAUAAUACAGACCGAAACAUUUCGUUCUCUGGCUUUGGCGUAGAUCUCUUAGAAUCCCAGCUUUCCUGGCGUCUUUUUGCGUUCAUGUUCUGUAUUCAACUUCCAUGCUCAAUUUAUUUAUAGCUUUUUAAAGUAACGAAUUUCGGAGAAGCAAGCUAGCCUUGAAAUGAGCAUCCUAAGUAAUUGCCAUUUCCAACCCUUGACUGUGGGAGAGGGGAAAGUCUAGCACCUAUUUCUUGUUUUCAAUUUGCAAAAACGACUCGUCCGGUGAAAAUCUAUGUAAAACCGAACCCAAAGAGUCGGACUGAGAGGUAUUGUCAUGAAAUUAAGUGACAGAGAGUAACGUGUUCUUGAAUAAUGAAGCCCGUGCGUCUUUCUCCUUGUGGAACUGAAAGUCUUGGCAUAGGUGAUGCCUGGAUGUCAAACGUCUGUAAGUUGUGGAAGUACGGGCGGUUGGCUGUGACAAGCGCUAAGUCACACUGGCUCCGAGAACGGCCUGUGCGGUACGGGCUGGACUCUGGAGGGGCUGCUGUGCUCGAACGGUGACGGAGACGCUGCGGAAAACCUGGGGUCACCCUUCCCAUCCGAUGCGGUUCUACGACCCAAGAACAAGGCGAACCUGUGGCCAAAAACUGACAAAACUCCGCUAGCCUCCCGCCGUCUUCGGGAACCCUGGCCACGGCUGUCCCUGCUCCGCGGCCCACCCCUGCGUCGCUAGUGGCUUUGCUGCCUUGGGGAGGGGCUUCAGGUAGUGGAGGGGCAAAUGGUUCCUAGGGCCGCUCUGAACAUCUGGCAACUUUGAUGCCUUGAAAGCCCUUUGUGACCAUUCCGGUUUGUUCCUGCACGAGGGCAGACUGUUAACGGAUCCGAUGUCCUGGACAGUGCUGGCCUCCCUUCUCAGAAGAAACUGCUAGUAAUCCUGUCGCAGACUUCCUCGGGGCACACGGCACUCAGCAGGAUUCAGGGGACGGUUUUCUGUCUCCAGACGCCGUGGCUUCUGUCUCCUCAAGCUCCGUUCUCCAUGAUCCUAGCAUGACGCCCUUGGAUACAGCCAAGCUUUGUUUCUUCGGAGAUCUUGCCAUGGCAGCAGCUUGUUAAAUAAACCAGUGUAAUUACACAUGCAUCGCUCAGCACACUGCUGACUAGGUUUAAAUUUAGCAGUCAGUUGGUUAGAUUAGAUUUCCUAGUGAGUGGAAUAGGAACUGUUUCUAUUUUCCUGUGAUAGUUCCCUGGAUUCCAGUCGAACCAAUUUACUGCCAGGAUUCAGAUCGGGUAGGUUUGGUUCAGCCUGUGAUGGGUUUUGGCUCUAGGUUACUGGUGACUUGCAGUAGCCUAGAACAUACUGAGUCUUCCCUUCAAUAAAUAUGCUUUUUCACAUACCUCUAAUCCGAUACUUCCUUGAAACAGUAAUAUGCUAGCCGAGCCAUUUACUAAGGAAUGUUCUAAGCACCCGGAGGUGGGGAAGUGGACCGGAGAGCUUGUGUGUUCUCCAGCAUAAGGGACAAGCAAUAGGCACCACGUCCGACUGGGCAGAAAACUAGGAUUUUUAAGCAACCCUCGGAAGGGACACUGGCUUUUCUGCCUUGCCACACCUGCCACUGUGCCCUUUAAAACCUCCCAUUGGAAACCUCAGGUCUGUGGCCAGCAAAGGCACCAGGACAUUUUGUGCUUCCCGAGGCUCCCCUCUGCCAGGCACGCCAGCUGAGCGCCCGCACGCCCACCUAGUCCCUGCUGCCCUGGGAGAGGGUGCCCGGGGCGGGGUCCCGCGCUCCUCAGGGGACCAUCCACCUGCUCCAGGUGAACCUGCGCUCUGAGCCCGACCCUGCGUUCUAAGGACUCCCACUGGGCUCUCAAAUGGACUCCCCUCUGAGUUGACCGGUUUCUUCUGUUCCAAAGGAAAUGCGGAUCUCUCUCAGGCCAGGAUUUAGUGACUAGGUUUUACUAGACAGCAUAGGUCAAUACAUACCUAGCUCGCGUUUUUUGUUUUUUUUUU